UCACCGUUGAGACGUGAGGUAGGAAGGACGUUCGCUUACGCACAGGACUUUUCGCCAAGUUACCGAUGACCUGAGUGAAGUAUCGAUGGUCUGAGCCGUAACGAUUACCACCAGUCGAUACUGUUCCCCAGGACACCGGUGCACGCCCACCUCGUGCCUCCCUCCCGCCGCCCGAAAGUUAGAGUCUCGCUCCCAUGCUCCAGUUUCGGUAUAUUAUUGAUUGGCGGCGUUCCGUUUGUGAUGUGCACCAACUGUAGUUGAGAAGCUAGCGAAGGAUACUGUGAAGGAGUCUCGCACGACUCUGAUUGACUCUGAUUGACAGCCGAUCAGACUGACACAAUUAUAUGAACGCUGAGCAUCAUUCUAACUUUUGGACUAACUCCCUCCCUUCCAGUCCACCCCUUGGGAAGGAAUGCCCCUCUUAGCUCAACUCUACGGUGACCUUAUGAAUAAAGUCAUCUUACCUCGAGAUUAAAAGAAGGAAAAAUCCACCGGCCAAGGAAGUGCGGAGAGGGCCGCGUCACGGCAAGAUCUGAAGGCGUCGUAAAAGUAACGUCACAGAACUACUUGCAAGAGUGGGGAAAAUUCAGGUUCUUCACUCAGAGACGCUACCUUGUCCGAAAAGUUUUGAAAAAUUCGUGCAGACAAGUUUUCACUGAAGUUAUUUAUGCUAAAACUCUUUCCCUUGGUCAGACCGCUCAUAUCUUUUUUUUGGAAGGAGACUCUUUCGACCGCCGACGCCCAACAGUUCAUACGGAGCCAACUUCAUAUAAUCCUUAGAGCGAACGGAGAGAGAGCAGGCAGCAUUUCUUAUCGGCGAAGUGGGGUGAUGGUGCCAGUCAGGCUCGUUGAUAAGUCUGAGCACGACACCUUCAGAAGCGAGACGGCCUCGAGAGAGUAGGCACAUCUCAGGGGAAGAGCAACGACCCCAACGCGUAAGCAUGGCAGCCAAGACCCACACUCUCCCAAAGCAGUCCCAGCGCGGCGCGGGGAUGGCCUUGGCGGUGGUGCUCCUCCUCCUGCAGGCGGGACGCGGAUCAGGAAGCGAGUUACCUGAUCGGGAAUGUUGUGACUCCGCACCGCCUCCCCCUCCACACUACCACACUGUCACCUCCACCACCACCUCCACCACCCCGCAACCUCCAGCAUAUGGCGGAUCGCACCUGCCAGAGCACCAGACCCUGAACUGUCUUCUGGCCAAGCAGCUUUGUGAGGAAGACUCCAACUGUUCCGCCAUCCUCAAGGUUAUUCCCACUCUCUGCGGUCCGGAACUAGUUGCGUGUUCCACGGUGACGGUGUCAAGGUGCCAGGCGGCUCUCAAGACCCUGGUUCAGUUUUCAUGGUUUCAGCCCACCUGUUUGUGCCGGGAGCCGCGUCUCGACCCGCAGUGCAACGCCUUCAGAGCUCUCUUUGACCAUCCCUGUGUCUUCAUCAACAGGAAAGAGGUGGACCUACACCCGCUGCAGUACAUCCCCACCUGUCACGUCGCCUCAGACAUCUGCCGCGAGAGGCCGUGGUGUCAGCAGCAGCUCGACAUGUUUCGCACCACCUGCAAGUACCGCGAUGGCCGCUGCCGGAACCCAGACAGAGAGAAUUGCCUCACUUCAUGGUUGAAGCUUCGGGAGACACCUUUACUAGGAUGCAUCUGUCCCGACAACAAGGACAAGCGGUGUGGGCAUCUUUACUCCCUUGUCAACGAAAACCCUUGUCUCGGGGAGCGAUACCCGGGGCGCGUGGCGGCCAUGUCCCGGGUGGCGGCCGCCCUGGGGUCGCCGCUCUCCCAGACGGUGUCGAUGCCUACCGCUGCCGCCACGCACAUCAUCAUCUCCACCUCCCAAGCUGACCCUCUCUACCCUCUCUCCACCAAACACCACUACCUCCAGCACCUGCCGGUGACCAAGGCAGACCACAACGUGUCCUUGGAUCAACUCAAGUACGUGGCGGGCACCUGUCACGAGGCCUUUGAGGGAUGCAUGGCCAACUCAGGCUGCCGCAGUAAACUGGAGGAGGUGAGCAGCCACUGUGAGGCCGCCAAGUGCCAGAAGGACGACUGCAGGAGUGCCAUUAAAAACAUCUACAAAUACCUGCUGGAUACUGACCAAGAGCUUGCCCUCAAGAUCGCCCUCUGCGUGUGUAGAGACAGCAGUGCCAAGAACUACGGCAAGUGCUUGAGAGGACAACGGCGCCUCCAUCCGCCUUGCGCCAUCAUGAGCGACUCUGCCUCCGCCAACCAAUGCCACAGCCUGGGUCGUGAAUGCCGCGGAGACCGAGUCUGCAGAUAUCAGCUGGAGCAUUACGAGUUGUCCUGCGCGGCAGACACAGUGACGGGUCGUUGCGCAGGACACCACCGGGAGUGUACCAAGGCCAUGCUGGGCCUGCUGGGCACUAACUUGCACACCAUCUGCGCCUGCAAAGUCACUGCCUUCCAGGACAUCAACCAGUGCCUGGCCUGGAAGAGACUUAUUUGGGGUAACCCUUGUGUAGUGGAGGCUCAGCUCACCUACCACCUGAAGCAGCUCGGCAUCAACGCCGACCCACUCAUCUCCUUCACUGACGGUCUGGACGCCCGUGUAGAUCAGGUCCCUGCAGAGGAAGAGACACUUUCCCCGCAGCUGGCGGUGGUCGGGGGUGCCAACCGAGCCCUUUACUCAAGGUCUGAUUCCCUGGAAGACCUGACGGAGGAGGAGCCUAGACCAGUGGGCGUGGAGGCGAGAAAGGUUGCCAGCACCGCUCAGAGCGACCACACGCAUCCCAACGCAGCCCCAGCAGCCCCCUUUGCUACCUUUACCACCUCCGCCACUAACAGGCCGGAGAAGUACUGCGAGGUGCUGCUUCAUUCAGAGACCCCUCCACACAUCAUCGAGGAGGGCGAGAAGAUAAGGCUCUAUGACGGCAGCACCACUGAUUGCUCGACGCUCUGCGUCUGCCAGCGACACGGACAGAUGCAGUGCAUGGUAUUGGAGUGCACGAAGGAGAAGGCGUGCGAGACCACCUCUGGCGUGUAUAACCACAACUCUCCAGCGUAUCAGGUCAGCCGAGGCGAUUGUAUCUGCUACUCUGGAGACUUCGUGUGUCAGCGGCCGAGGGAAGAGGACUUCAACUUGCCGAUGGGUCUUUUCUUGAUGCUUGGGUUCAGCAAGAAGGAAGAAGCGUUGCUGAAGAGCGCGACGGGAAGUGGCGUAGCGGAGGCCAUCCCGCCCCUGCAGCAGCUCUUCCGAUCCAUCGCUAUAAACCUGGGUGAGGACUGUCAGCUGGAGUUAAUCCAUCACACUGAGAACAACGUGGUGCUUCAGGCAAGGCACUCCAAGCUGACAGUGGACCCGAUACACAAUAGCAGCGUCAUUUACAGCCAGGACAUGCUGCAUGAUGAGCGAGACCGUUGUGAGGAGCCCAUCCACAGGGUGGGCGCCAUGUUCCAACACCGCUCGCCGCGAAUCCAUCACGACGUGCGCCUCUCUCUCUUCGUGUUGGCCGAAGUUAUUGACAACGUGCCGGACCACCAGAGGAUCAGCAACGGCAGCAGCGGCCAAUCUUCGUCUUUGGCCAUGCGAGGGUACUGGUGGGCGUGGCUGGCGGCAGCAGCGGUGGUGCUCGCCGCCAGCUUCCAGGCUUCUCACUACUCCGUCGCCGUCGCCACAGUUGCGUCGUGAUGCUCAAUCUGUCCCCGCACUUCGCACCCCACCGCUCGCCAUUCGGCAAGCCAGUGUACAUAAGAGAUGUGGAUGGAUGCCACGUAUACUUGUAAGGAAUGUAAAUACCUUGUAUGCAGAGAUGAGGUGUCGGUGUUGCAAGACAGUAAUGUGAGGCGUCGUGAAACACUCAAGGUCGGCAGCGGCCUCCUCCUCAUGCCAGGAGCCUCGCUUGUCCGCGACUCUUCCUUGUCGCUCGUUCAUGUUCCUUCCGGCCGUCGUCCAGCCUGUGUCACGGGAAAGAGGGAAAUCACCCGCUAUCGAAGUCGUCCUGUAAGAUAAACGAUACGUUAUAUGUAUAAAACACACAUCACGUCCCGUCAAAUGGUUCACUAACCAGCCAGCCACGCGGCACUGAGUGGGCGGAAAACACAAGGCAUCAAGAACCGCUGGGCGGACUUGGUGUUAGGCGGUCUUUUCGCACACUCCCAGGUGCUCCUCGGCCCCUGGGUCCUUUGCCUGCGGGGCCUCCCUCAGCUGCCGUGCCAUGGUCAACCCUUCACCGCGUGGUUUGUAAGUGUUCGUUUUUAUCGUUUAGUGAGCUGCAGGCUCCCUCGGAGUUACUCUUGAGGGGAGUCGGUGAUGCUUCCAGAAAAGCCAAUAGUCCCAGAUUUUUACCGGGUCGAGCGGCCGUCUGCCUGUCCUGUACAAUCAGUGUCAACACACAACGUCUGGGGUCCUCCACUGCCCCACCGCAAGUCUCCAAUCACAAGAGCGCUAACUAAAGCUUGUCGUCUCUUCUCUGUUUAUGAGAUAUAGUGAAGCUUAAAAGUACAGUCACGCACACUCUAGCCGCCAAAGCUUUGAAACACUUGAUGUACAUACCGACACACCUACUGUAUCGAUUAAGUGUACAUGUGCGUCACCCACCAAGCAACCCAUGAAAUAUAUGUAUGUACGUAAAGG